AUGGCUUUGGUUUCUGUGCUUCCUGUGAACCUCUGGCUCAUUGCCGCGAGCAUCUUUGCUCUUUACCAAAUCAUCCGUGCUGUCUAUCUGAUCUUCUUUAGUCCUUUGUCCGGGUUUCCAGGCUCACCAUGGGCAGCUGUGGGGGAAUAUUGGGAAGCCUACUGGAAUAUCGGCCUCAAACCCGGCAACAAAGGCCAGACGUUGUUCAAGCUCGAAGAGAUGCAUAAGCGCCUGGGGCCUGCAUUGCGCAUGGGUCCAAAUGAGAUCCAUAUCUACGAUCCAGCCUUCUACCACGAGUUGUAUCGACCAGGUAGUCGGUACUACAAAGAUCCAUCGAUGCAUAAGGUCCUGGGAGCGCCGUCGAGCACGCUGGCCGAGAGUGACCCGGUGCGGCACAAGCAGCGAAGAGCACCACUAGAGCCCCUGUUCUCCAAGAAGAACAUCCUCAGUCUAGAACCAAUGCUCAUGGACCAUGUUGAUUACUGCUCCAAGCGAUUUGAUGAGCUUUUUUCUCAGGGAAAGCCUGUCUCGAUGGAAUGGGCUUUAAAGUCGUUGGCAAUGGACAUGGUGUCUCAGUUUGCCUUCGGUCAAUCCCUCGACGCCCUCUCUGAUCCAGAGUUCAAGUCACUCCAGGUGCGAGUCUUCCAGCAAUACCUCCCUAGUCUACAUGUCAUCAAGGCUUUUCCCUUUGUGCGACUGCUCAACCUGCUGCCACUUUGGAUCGUAAAACGCAUCUCACAUUCUGUUGAGAUGGGCCACGAGUUGGAACGGUUCGCCGCUCGUCGCAUUGAUGAGUAUCUUGCUGCGGCGGCAAAGGGAAAAACUCCAACCUUCCCCACUCUCAUGGAGCGUUUGCUCAUUCCAAUUCCCGAGAAGGGCUAUGCAGUCCCUGACAAACAGGGUCUCCGUGAUGAGCUUCUUACCAUGAUCUCCGCUGGGGACGACACUACCGGAAUUGCCAACACAGUUACCAUAUUCAAUAUCUUUAAUAACCGUGACGUCCAUGACCAUCUCCUAGCGGAGCUAAAAACAGUCAUGCCGACGCCUGAUACCCAUGUCUCAUACCUUCAGCUUGAGGCGCUGCCAUAUCUUACCGCAGUGAUAAAAGAAGGUCUCCGAUACUCUUCUCCCGCAGCCUCCCGCACUCCUCGUCUCGUUCCUCCAGGCGGCGUUCGUCUUCCGGACGGCCGAUUCAUCCCCGCGGGAACCCGGGUUGGAAUGGCCAUUUAUCAUAUUCACUACAACGAGACUCUCUUUGAAAAUCCCCGUGUCUUUGAUCCAGAGCGGUGGCUGCAGGGAUCGGAGGUGACAACGGAGAGAGCUAAAUUCCUGGUGCCUUUUUCACGAGGGAGUCGGUCUUGCCUGGGAAUCAACCUUGCAUAUAUGGAGAUGUACAUGGCUAUCGCGUACAUUGUGCGACGGUUUGAUUUGGACUUGGUGGGAACAACCGUGGAAGAUAUGAAAUGGGAUGAUAUGGUCGUGCCACAGUUUCAUGGAGAGUUUCUGGCAUUUACAAAGCGGCGAGAGGACUAG